CGGAAAAAGGUUGUGGUUGGUCCGCACCACAGCAGUGGAUAAAAACAACUUUAUUCAUGUCGCACUUCUUUUUAAUGUAUUUAUUUUUCCAAAUGAAUAUUUACAAACAUCUUGUGGAUGUAUUAAAAUCCUUUAUCCUCAACGAUAACCGUAGCUUUGCAUAUAAUGGGGUGAUUUGGUUAGAAGAAGAAGAAGAAAAUCGAGACAAAAAAAAAGACGUAGAAGAAGAAGUUCCGCGCCUGCAGACCGUAGUUUGAAACCUACCGUUUCAAGCUGAUGAACUACAAGGAAAGAAAGAUCGUGCAUAGAGGCAACAGUGACCGGAGGAGAAGCAGACGGAGAGCAAUGCUGAGGUUUCCAUAAAGAUCCAAAACCUACUCCUUGUAGAUGUAAUCCAGCAUCACUCUUGGACAGGAGGCUACAGCAUCAGGAAAGGCUGCCUCAACAUCAUGUCUUUCCAUAUUCUGUCAGAGGGGACAGGGCCGUCUGCCCUGGUACCAACAGACCUCAGCAGGAUUCCAGUCUCUCUGAUCAGUGUCCACACCGACUGUGUCAACAGAAGAGUUGAGGGAAGAGUGGUUCAUAAGGGACCUCUAGUGUCAGCUGUGCAGGACUUCAUACUGAAAGCUGUCAUUGAAGAGAAAGAUUCCUCGCCCCAUGUCUCAUCUCAGAAUAAUUCCAUCAACGUCUUCCUGUUGGGAGCACUGGCUAAGAAGUUUAGUCAGGAUGUCAAUCAAGGGGAUAUGAUAUUAGUCUCUGGCUUCACUGUUGAAAAAUCUCCCACAGCUAGUAAGGACAGGCUUCACCCGUGUAACCUGCUCUUGUCUGGAGAUUCUGCAUGCAUCUAUGUUUUCCGCGAGCAGCCUUCACCUGAUCCCAGUUCCCUCGUACCCAGCAAGAGGAGCUCUACAUUGGAGGUUUCCAAGGCAGCCAAAGCUCCAAAAUACACGUAUGUACAGCUGGGUGACCUGAAGGCUGGAUCUGUCGUCAAUGUGUACGGCGUGGUGGUGUUCUUCAAACAACCGUUCAGGAGCCGUGGCACGGACUUCUGCUCCAGCCUGAAGAUCACUGAUCAAUCCAAGCAAAGGACUAUCUGCACCAUUUUCUGUGAUAAUCGGGAGAAACAUCCCCAAAUAUAUCAGGCUGGAGACAUCGUCCGCCUGCACAGAGUCAAGGCUCAGUUAUUCGAUGGCUCUAUUAACCUAGUGAACACAUUUGGUUUCUCUGCGUUGACGUUUGAUGGAGCAGUGGGUGGAGCCGUAGAGCCUCGGACCUCCAGCCAGUCUUUCCACUUCGAUGAAGAAGAUAAGCGGACUGUGGAAGAGCUGCGGUCAUGGGCCGCCGGCCAGGUUCUUUUCCCUCAAAAUUCAGCCUCAAUCCCCUUGUCUGCUGUUCAGCCCAAAACAUACUUCAACCUGACCUGCCAGCUGCUGGCCAAAGCCCCCGUUGACAGUACCUGCACUCUGUUGAAGGUCUGGGAUGGGACCAGGUGCCCUCACACUCUGCUUAAUGCAGUUGUUGAGCCAGCUGUCACAGAGGGACCAACCUCUUUCUCAAAGAACAAAGAGAACUUCAUCGCAAAUGUUCUGGUUUUCGACAACCAUACUGAGAUGGCCCGACAGCUUAAGCCUGGUGCUUUCCUGAGGAUCAACAACCUGCAAGCAACAUCAGGCUCUAGUAAGGUGCUAGGCCUCGCCAGCAGCCAAUCAGAGGGGGAUCACCUGGCUUUUUACCUACACGGUGGCACGUCAUAUGGCAGAGGGAUUGGAGUUCUUCCAGAAAACAGCGCACCUAUACAAGAGCUGAAGAGAGUCCUUGACUCCUUUCCUGUGGAUGUUGGGGUUGAAGAACUGAACGACUCAGACCUGCUGGAGGUCUGGGGAACUCCACCAGAGUCACUGGAAAGCGACUGCAGCCACCACAUAAAGCUGGUCCCACUGUCUGAGCUGAAGCAGAGCAAUCCAGACCAAAUGCACAAUGUCAGAGUCCAGCUGAGAUCCUACCAGCCGCGCAGACUCUACCAGGCACUGAAACUCUUCUGCAGGAAGUGUACAUCAAUUCAGGAAAUCCCAGAUGAUGAGCUAGUGGCAGAUGUCUUCUCUGAAGCAUCCAAGCGUUCUGAAUCCUGCACUCCUCCCUGGUGGGCGCUCCGUGGAAACGUCAACCUUCCCGGAGACUCCCCUGACCGCACACUGAGUAUUUACCUGCCCACCCACCUGGUGACUGAAGGAAAAACCAAGGAACUUCUUUUCCUCAUGGGUUCUACUCUGGAGGAAACAUGUCGACUAGCAGCAAGCUACCAGAACGUAGUUCCUGUCACAUCGUCAGGAGGUCACCUGGCCCCGCUCGACUCGUCUGCACCUUUCCUGUUCACGGGCAGGAAGAGAUACUACGGGUGUAAGCGAUGCUCUGAGGCUGCAAUAAGAAAUCCAAGCCCUGAUGGACUUGGCGUGUUCAACGCCAAGACUCUUGCAGAAGCUUUUAGUGUUCAACUGUUGGAGUUUGUUCUGCUGAUGAAACUGGAGGUACAGGAUGCCACUGACACACUGGAAGUCUUGAUAUGGAAAGAUGCUGAGUUGUUCUUGGGUGUGUCAGCAGAGGACAUAGCAGUAAAUCAGGAGGCUCAGAACCACAUGUGUCAAACCAUGGACUCUCUCUGUCCACCAGAGAGCAGGACAGGACGGGGCCCAUGGCUUGACUUGUGUCUGAAGACAUUCAGAGGAAAGGAUGAUGGGGGACAAGACCAGAACUACUACCACGUCUGCAACGCCCCCAUCAUCAAAAACUCCUCCACGUGAUGAAACAGUACCCACUGGCUCAAGUUUCUGUCUUGCUGUUUUGGUUAUUUUGUUUCCUCUCUUCUGAAGUUUUAGAUUUGUUCUCAGUGUCAACGUAAUAGCAUUCAUGGGGCAAGCCAGUAUGAAGCAGCAAAAUGUAGAAUGUGUUACUUACUAUUGUUUCAUGUACAGCUCAGACUGACUUUUUUACACAAUAAAUAAAACUAACAACCACUGAAAUCCACCUUAAACAGCAAUGUUUGGGCAUUUUUUUUAAAGACUUUCUUGUAUUUGUGCUUACCGUAUGUGAUAAAUAGAUUUCUU